AUGAGUCCCCGCGGCUCUCGCGAUACGCAAAUGGAGACGAAGACGAAGGAGGAGAUGCUGGAGCGUGUAGCUUCGAGCGAGGAAGGUGUUGUUUUCGACGAGGCGACCAACAAACGUAUCCUUCGAAGGAUUGAUUGGUAUCUCAUGCCUGCGCUCUGCUUCACCUACGCUAUCCAAUACUACGAUAAGGCGGUUAUUUCGCACGCCGCCGUGUUCGGUCUUCGAGACGACCUCGACCUUAAAAAAGGCCUCCGAUACUCCUGGGUGGGCCUCAUCUUCUAUUUCGGUCAUAUGAUUGGCAUGUAUCCAUGCUCUCUUCUCGCCCAGCGCUUCACCCCCAAACGUGUUUGCUCGACAUUGACUAUCAUCUGGGGCAUUAUUGUGCUUCUCACGCCGACGUGCAAAACAUUUGGCGGACUUCUUGCGAACCGCUUCUUCCUCGGAUUAGUUGAAGCCGGAGUCAGUCCCAUCUUCAUGCUCGUCGUCGGACUCUGGUACACCCAAAAAGAGCAGUCUUUCCGCAGCGCUAUUUGGUAUUCCUGCAGCGGUGGAAGCAUGCUCGUGAGUCCUUUGAUCAGCUACGGAAUGGCCCAUAUCAACGGAGGCUUGUUGAACAAGUGGCAAUACAUGUUCCUCGUAGCAGGUGCUAUCACUUUCCUUUGGGGUAUCGCAUUGCUUUGGGUCUUUCCGGACACGCCUCAGAAUGCCAAGGGCUGGACUGUAGAGGACAGGGCCAUUCUUUUGGAGCGUAUCAAGCGCGACAAUGUCGGCGGCGAGCAUACCCAGUUCAAGUUCUACCAAGCUCUCGAGGCAUUGCGGGACUAUCAGUUCUGGGCACUUAUGCUUAUGGCUAUCUUGUCUACCACCGGUGCGGCCACGAUGACCAUCUUCUCGUCAGUCGUCUUUGCAGGCAUGGGUUUUGAUGCAUACACCUCCAUCUUGCUCAACUUGCCGACCGGUGUCAUGGCAUUCAUCUGCAUUCUCGGAUCCGGGUGGCUUGGCGGCACCAAGUUUGGAAGACUCAACACCCUAUCCUUAUCUUGCCUCCCCGUCAUCCUCGGCUGCUGUCUCUUGUGGCAACUUCCUAACCAUAUGCCUCAAGCUGCUGGACGAAUCGUCGGCUUGUACUUGGUCAAUUUCUUCUCCUCGGCUUGGAUCCAGGUCAUCGCUUUGGGCACAUCCAACGUUGCGGGAUACAGUAAGAAGGGAGCCUACGCCGCAGGUGUGUGGAUAGGCUACUGUGUCGGAAACAUCAUGGGACCGUUGCUGUUCGACGCUAAAUUCGCACCCCGAUACAACGAGAGCUUCACGGGACUUCUGGUUUGCUUCGCUGCGCUUAGUGUUAUUGCUCUGGCCCUUCGAGUUGCCCUGGCUAGGAAGAACAAGCGGCGCGAUGAGAUUUACGGAGAGCCCCAGUUCCAGCAUGGUCUUGAAGAUAUGACGGAUAGGGAGAACAAGUCGUUCCGAUGGGUGAUAUAA